AUGUGCAUUGGCAUUAUGAAAUCUGAUACUUGGAAGCCCUCUACAAAGGUGGCCAUGAUCUUGGAAGCUAUCAUGCAACUGAUGCGAGAGCCUCAGCCGGAUGACGCAUUGAUAGCGUCUAUUGGUACGUAUGAAGAAUGGACUUUCGAGCUUAAAGCGGAACAAUAUGUUAAAGAUCGCGAACAAUUUGUCAUGGCAGCCAUAGAGUGUACUAAGACCCAUGCGACGCCAUAG